UUCUUCUUCUACUUCUGCUACUUCUGCUACAUGAAUUCUACCGGAAGUAACGUCAUAUAAUCAUCUUUCUCCCCGUUUUCCUCUCCAAUUAUUGCAGAUAACUUCCUCUUCUUCCUUCUUCGACUUUUCUGAAGAGAGUUGUUAUGGGUGUCGACUACUACAAAAUUCUUGAUGUCGAUAGAAACGCUAAAGACGAUGAUCUCAAGAAGGCGUAUCGAAAGCUUGCAAUGAAGUGGCACCCUGAUAAGAACCCUAACAACAAGAAGGACGCUGAGACCAAAUUCAAGCAAAUCUCCGAAGCCUAUGAUGUCUGCAAAUAUUUUGAGUGAUCCUCAGAAGCGUGCAGUUUAUGAUCAGUAUGGUGAGGAGGGGCUGAAGGGGCAGGUACCACCACCAGGUGGUGGCAGUGACAGCAGUUCUGCGAAUUUCCGGUUCAAUCCCAGAAGUGCAGAUGAUAUAUUUUCGGAGUUCUUUGGUUUCUCCAGUUCAUUUGGUGGAAUGGGGGACAUGGGUGGUCGCGCUGGCCCAUCUAGCUUUUCCAGGGGCGGCAUGUUUGGUGAUGAUAUCUUUGCUCAGUUUAGGAGUGGAGCUGGAGAGGGCUCUGCCCAUAUGCCAAGGAAAAGUGCACCAAUAGAGAUAACAUUGCUAUGUAGCUUGGAGGAUUUGUAUAAAGGGACAACAAAAAAGAUGAAGAUUUCGAGGGAUGUUAUUGAUGCCAAUGGAAGGCCCACCAAAGUAGAGGAAAUCCUUACAAUUGAGAUCAAACCAGGUUGGAAGAAAGGAACAAAAAUAACUUUUCCAGCGAAGGGAAAUGAGCAAAGAGGACAUAUCCCCGCAGACCUUGUGUUCAUCAUCGACGAGAAGCCGCAUAGUGUCUUCAAGAGGGAUGGCAAUGAUCUUGUUUUCACCCAGAAGGUAUCCCUUGUAGAAGCUCUAACAGGUUACACGGUGCAGCUGACAACCCUUGAUGGCCGAAACCUUACCAUCCCCGUUAAUUCAAUCAUUAGUCCGUCUUACGAAGAAGUCAUUAAAGGAGAGGGCAUGCCAAUUCCUAAAGAACCCUCCAAGAAAGGUAACUUGCGAAUCAAGUUCAACAUCAAGUUCCCGUCCAGGCUUACAUCCGAGCAGAAAAACGGCAUUAAGCGAUUAUUGACAUCAUAUUCGUCUACAUGAGUGAGGCGGGUGGAAGCCCUUUCUUCCAAUUACCUAACGUUAUAAGAUCACAACUAUUUUCAGGUUUUUUGCUUU